CAAUUUUAUCCGACUCAUUAUCCCAUAGUGAAUAUAUGAGUAGUUGUCGUUGAAGAGGUGGGGAAAAGCUGUCAAAAGCAAACCACUUCAAAUAAACUUCUAGUUUUGCUUCCUUAGUUAUCAUCCAUUUCGCUCGCUUUCUUCUCGAGAAUUCCUGAAGCAUUCCUAUCAUCGUUAGCAUCAUCGAUAUGAGUGGUAUGUGGUAAUAUAAUUUUGACUAGUUCUCCUUUUAUUACAAUGAACUUCUUCCAUGACAUACCGCUCAGUUCCAUCAUUCUCAAUAACCUGAACCCGGUUCUAUUUCAAGAAAUCAAGUCACGCCAGGCAGAAUUCAUGAAAGCAUUCAAUUCAGGCGAUGCAGCUGGUGCUGCAGCAUUGUACGAUCCGGAAGGUUACUUCAUGCCUAAUGGCAUUGAUCCAGUUAAAGGACGAACAGGAAUUGAGUUGUAUUAUAAGCAGGAUAUGUCGGAAGGUGUUAAAAGUUGUCAGAUAAUAACAGAAGAAGUAAAUGGUGCUGGUGACUGGGCUUUUGAACGUGGCAGUUACCAUCUAAAUGGUACACGUGGGCCAGAAUCGGGUGCAUACCUGCAAAUUUGGAAGAAAGUAAACGGAAAAUGGCUUAUUCAUAACGACUGCUUCAAUGUCAUCAAACCGGCAAAGAAAUGACAACAAUCGUGAUAAACUGAAAUAAAUGAUGAAUAUUGUAAUUUUCUUUCUAUUAGCACAAAUAAUCUCUUCAAUUUAAUGGGGUUUUUUCUAAAUUAUUAGGAAAUGAAGCAGGAUUUUAGCAAUUACCAUCAAAAUUUAUUGAAUGAUUUAUGAAUUUCACAGCAGUGUCACCUGUCAUGCAGUACUUUAUAAUGUCAUCGACUACCGUUUGAUUAAUGAAUAAUUUUCGCUUUUGAUUAUUAUACAAGGAUUACAUGGUUUCUCUAGUCUUCUAUCA